UUCGUUUCGUGCAGUGUGUUAACAGUAGAAAAUAGUGAAAUAUGACUGGUCGCGGUAAAGGAGGCAAAGGCUUGGGAAAAGGAGGCGCCAAGCGUCAUCGCAAAGUGCUGCGAGAUAACAUCCAGGGUAUCACUAAGCCAGCAAUCCGCCGUUUGGCUCGUCGCGGCGGUGUGAAGCGCAUCUCGGGACUCAUUUACGAGGAAACACGUGGCGUUCUGAAGGUGUUCUUGGAGAACGUUAUCCGCGAUGCCGUCACCUACACCGAACACGCCAAGAGGAAGACUGUCACAGCCAUGGAUGUUGUGUACGCUCUGAAGAGGCAAGGCCGCACCCUGUACGGCUUCGGCGGUUAAAAAACUAGUACAGCUUGUACUUCAUUCAGCAAUCGGUCCUUUUCAGGACCAC